CUUUACUGUUCUGACAUCGAGUCAUUAGUUACUCGAGUUUGUUUAGCACUAGAGAAUAUUGUCUGGAGAUGUCAGUGCAGCACCCCGUGUUCCCGGGGACCUCUGAUCUUAUCUUGUCGGGUAAAAAGAAUAAAUUGGACUCGACGUAUACAUGUACCCAGUACCCGGCCGGUGUAUAUUCUACAGUACAUUCUGCCACACACGGAUCAUAGAUGCACUGCACCUUCGUAAUCAUGUUCUAACCUGGCAUCGAUCACACACAAUCAUGCAGCCAUGUUCUCAUGCUUGCAAUACAUCCUUGCCUGGUAUUUUAAUUAGUCUCCAGCAUACAGCUUGCCUGCUUCUGUCCCAGUGGGCAGGUUAAGGUGAGAUCUAGUACUGGUAGUCGUACGUAAAUUAACUAGUCGAUGCAUUGCUCUAAAAUCCGGAAUAUUGAUGUUCCUGCAACCCUGCUUGGCUUGCAAGGCAAAGUAAUUAAAAGUUUGGUGUCCCUGCUGCCUUUGCCACCCUCCAAAAGUCUGAAGUUCUGAACUCUGAAUUGAACAAGCUAGCUAACUAACAGCCGGCCAGACGGACGGGUCAUCAAAUGAACACACGGCAUUCUUGCGCGAUACGCCGCGCGCUUUAGCUAAGCAAGCCCUUUUAUUAAUUAAUCAAUCGGCAACGGAAUCUCUUCCGGCCCUGAUCGAUAGAUGCCGCCAUGUUACCUUUGCGCGUAUAGUGUGUACGAAUGCGAUGCGCGCGACCCGAUUAUAUAAUCGCCACGCCGUUCUUGCAUGCCAUCGAUCCCCCCCAGCUCCCCCGGCCAGCAUACAUCCAUCCGUCUCAAGAUCCAAGAAAAAUUCCGUCACUAGCUUAACAGCCAAGGCGUGAUGGGCGACGAAGGCGCGAAGGCGGCGGCGGCGACGACGAUCGUGCGGCUGCGAGAGCUGCUGCACAAGUGGGCCCUGGGCGCCAGUGACGACGGCGGCGAGAAGCUUAAGGCCCACCACGCCGCCGAGGAGGAGGAGGAGGCGCCGGCGUCGAUCCCGCCGUUCGUGCUGCGGCGGCUGCGGCGGACGGCGACGGUGGACUCGGACGACGAGAGCUGCCACAGCCCGGAGGCGGCGCCGGACGUGCCCAGGGGCUACUGCCCGGUGUACGUGGGCAUGGAGCAGCGGCGGUUCGUGAUCCCGACCAGCUACCUGGGCCACCCCGUGUUCCGCCUCCUCCUGGAGAAGGCCGAGGAGGAGUUCGGGUUCCGGCAAGAGGGCGCGCUCGCCAUCCCCUGCGAGACCGAGGCCUUCAAGUACAUCCUCCAGUGCGUCGAGCGACACGACAAGGGCCUCGCCGCCGCCGACGUCGAUGACGAAAACCUGGCCGCACUGCAAGAGAAAGCGUCAUCGAUUUAACAUAUAUUUCGUAGAAAGUGUUUCUAGUGUUGUAAUUUCUCUCUGUUUUGUUUGGAGAAAAAGACCUAUGUAUGUAUAUGAUCAAGAAUUAAAUUGAUUUGUCAAAACUUGUGGGCAACUAGUUCUUCUUGAUUGUGAUUUUUAGAUACUCCCCUCGAUCCAUAAUAAGUGUACUAAAUCCCCGUAAUUAUUAUGUAUCGGAGGGAUUACUUUGCAAUGGUAAUUAAUUCUUCAGGCUU